AUGUCAGUUUCGGAAGGAUGGAAUGGAAUCAAUAAUCAGAAUAAUAUUAGCAACAAUAGUAUGUAUAGUUCAAUGGCGAGUUCGGUGACUUGUUUGGCUGAAAAUGAGCAUGAGCCGGUUUAUGAAAUGGAUGAGGAGGUGGGUGAAUUUUGAGGCAAUUGGGGAAAAAUUGAUGGAAAGUUUGGAAAAGUUACCAGAAGUUCUUCAGCUAAUCUAGAAAAUUAGGGCGACUUUGCCCUUACGCGGUAGAUAGUGCCGCUACGCGGAAGCUUGCGGAUUACAAAAUGAAAAAUAGUGGAUCAGAUUCCCGUGAAUUUUUGAAUUUUAACCGUUAUUUUUCGGUCAAAAAUUGAUAGUUUUGACAAUGUUCAGUUAAAUUUUCUAUUUUUCCUCUGAAAAAUUCACUGUUUCAAAAAUUAAGAAAAAAGUUUUUGUUGGGGUAAAAAUUAAUGAUUGUACUGUUAAAGAUGGAGUCCGAGCAAAAAACAAGUUGUGCUCAUUUGAAAGAUCAUGUUCUAAUAAGUACAAUCCUCGAAGGAUUUUUUCUGGAAGCUUCUAAAACAUUUGUUAAGAAUUUACAAUGUUCGAAAAAAACACUGAAACACCGUGUAAAAUGGCUGUAAAAGUGUAAAAGUCCAUAAGUACUUUAGCUUGGAUUCAAUGUUUGAAAAGCUUCCAGAAAAAAAUCCUUCGAGGAUUGUACUAAUUGAAACAUUCCCUUUCAAAUGAGCACAACUUAAUUUUUGCUCGGACUCCACCUUUAAGCAUGAAAAGAAGUAUUUGAAUUCUAAAAAAAUAAUUCCAGUAAUAUUGACAUCUUUAAAAAUUUCGAAUUUAUUACGAAAAAAUUCACUGUUUCAAGAAAUCUAUGAAAUUUGCACAGGUUGUAGUGAUCGCUUUUGAUCUCUAAUAUUUAAUCAAUAAUAAUUUUCACUGUUUUUUUGAUGUUGUUUUGAUGUCUAGAAUAAGUUAUUGGAUUGACAAUGAGGUUGGGACUUUGUUUAUUGAAAAUUGAAAGAAUUUGAUAGUUCUUAUGGAAGUAAGAAUUUUUGUGUUGUCUCUAAACUUGAAUUUUUGGCCUCAAUGUUUAAAAAAAAUUCACUGUUUCAACAGUUUUUGAGAUCAAUUUGAUUUUUAGAAAGUUCAAUUAAUAUAUCUUAAUUGUUGAAAACAAAUUUUUACUGUUAAAAAAAUUCACUGUUUCUAAGGAUUCUGAUAAUAUUUUAUUUUUCAGUCAAUUGUGUUUUCGUAAGAAUUCGGAAGUGAAAGAUUACCUUUUAGAAAAUUAAGGAAAGGUUCACGUUUUGAAAGAGCUUUGGCAAUUUUCUGUACUAAUUUUCAAAAAUUUCGUGACUUUUUCGUUCCGAAAAAUUCACUGUUUCAUAGAAACUGGAAUAUCGUUUUUUGACACAUUCUAUAAUAAACACGAAUUUCCAUCGGUAGAAUUUUCAAAAAAUCGGUUUUAAUUCUACGAAUUUAAUGAAAAAAAUUUGAUUUUUUUAUUUCAAAAAAUUCAUGAAUUCAUAAUUUUUGUUCAGAAAAAUUCACUGUUUCAAAAAUUUUAAAUAUAAAUUAGAUUUCCAAAACAUUUAUUGAAAUUUUUCUGUGAUACUUUUUUCGGUAGAAAUUGAAACAUAAACACAAUUUCGUAAUCGUUGAAUAAAAAUUUACUGUUUCAAAAGUUUUCAAAAUGAGUUUUUUUUUCCUUUUAGUUUAAUGAAGCAAAUCAUUUUUUUCACAAAAAAAUUUCACUAUUUCAAAAUAUGUUGAAGACAGAUUUAAAAAAAAAAUAAAUCACCAAAAUUCUGAGUUUUUUUUUACUAAAAAUUUUCGGCAAGAAUACGCUUCAAUUUUUUUUUGAAAAUCUGAAGACUUCAGGUCAACAUAUAAUUUUCGAAUCUUUUUCGCUGAAAAAUUUAUCCCCAAAAAGAUGACCCCGAAAAGUCACAUUUUUCUUUCUCUUCCCAAAAAAUCCCUCGUUUUUUUCCUUCUUUUUUCCCCAGUUUAGUGCAAAACAUUCUUCAACAAUUUUUAACAAAAAAAGAGGAGAAAAAGAGAAAAAUAGUGUAAAUGAGAAAUGUGUGGUGCUGUCUUUCUGCUGUUUUUUUCGGUUUUCCCCGGGGGUCUUUUUUGGUGAUAUGAUGAAAAAAAGUGAAGAGAAACAAAAAAAAAGAGGACCAGAAAAUAGCCUUUUUUGUUUCUUCUUGCAUUUUUUUGGGAGGGUUUGGAAUUUAAAUUUAUACUUUGAAUAUUUUGACCUGUAUCAGAUGUUUUUAUGUUGCUUUCGGAAUUUAAAUGUCCUUUAAUGAUGAGACAUUAUCUUGAAUUUUUUUUUCGAAAAAUUAAUAAAUUUUGAAACAGUGGAAUUUUUUUCAGAAAACUUUCUGUUUCUGAAAAAAAUGAUUUGCUUAAAAUCAUUUGAAUUUUUGAUAUGAAAAAAACAUAAAUUUUGAAACAUUAAAUUUUUCUAAUUUUUUUUUACUGUUUCAAAAAAUUAUGAAGAAGACUUUUUUAAAAAUUUUUUUGCUGUCUCUCUUAAAUCGAACAGUUUCUUCUAUUCGAAUUUUUUUGGUUAAAAAAAUUUACUGUUUCGAAAAAAAUGUCAUAAAAUAAUUAAAUUUAACUUCAUCAAUGAGUUUUUUAUGAAUCUCGUUCAGAUUUUCUGCUAAUUUUUGAAAAAGUCGAAAUUUGAAAAAAAAUUUUUCACUGUUUCAAGGAAAAUAAUUCAGAAUUUUUUAUAUGGUUGACAUUAGCUGACUUUCUAACACUUCUUUCAAAAAUCUUCGUUUUCUUAAUAAAUUUUGAAACAGCGGAUUUCUGAUUUUUGGCAAGAAUCCAUUUUUUUUCGAAUUUUUCACUGUUUCAACAAUUAAGGAAUUUCUUUUCUUCAUAUUUUGACUUUGAUAGCACUAUCUCUUCAAUUUUCUAAAUCAAGUUAUUAUUAUAAAAUUCUUGGUUCGGUUCCCAACACUAAUUAAAUUUAGUGUCCAAAAGAAAAUUUUUAUUUUAUUUUAUUAUGGGGCUAUUCAUGUUAUUUUUCAACGCUGAGAAAACGGGAGAAAAGCGGAGAAAACCUAUUCAGGUAGGCUGAGAAAAUACGAAAAAAGCGGAGAAAAUGUAUUUCCUCCGCAUUUCUCCUGUUUUCUCAACAUGCUGAGAAAAUACAUGAAUAGCCCCAUUAUGAAAAAAAUCUUUUUUUUUUCUGUUGUACAAUUUUUCUGGAAUUUAUGGGGUUUCUUCAUUUUUUACGAAAAAUUCACUGUUUCAAUGGUUUUUUGGGGUUGGUGUGAAUUUUGGUUGAUACUCUUCUGACCCGAGAAGGUAGAAAAAUGUCUCAAAAAAUUUUCUCUGUUUCAAAUCUGACAAUGCUUUACUAGACUACAAAAUAAUUUAUGAAAAAAAUCACUGUUUCAAAAAUUCGAUAAAUUAUUUUCGCAAACAAAAUGAAUAUUCUUUUUGCUCGGCUGAUCAGCGAAAUAGUUUUACGAAUUCGACAUUUUUGAAUUUAUCCCACAAAAAUUCACUGUUUCAAAAAUUACAGAAACUAUGUCCAGACUAGAUUAAAUUGUUCUUUUAGCUGGUUGAUCGCCGAUAUUUUGAUUAAAAUCUGAAAUAAAAACAAACCGACAAAAAGUUAUCCAUUUUUUCCACUGUUUCAAAACUUCUAGAUAUUUUUCAAAUUCAAAUCAGGUUAUUGAUAAUGUUAUUUGAAUUUUUUCAGAAAUAAUUGUUUAAAAUGAGUCACGAAAAAUUCACUGUUUCAAGAAAAAUAUGAAAUUUGCACAUAAUGGAUUGCAGUGAUCUUGCUUGUCUGAAAAAUUAAUAUGAGACAAUAAUUUUUUUCACUGUUUCAAAAACUUUAUAAAGUGUUUUAUGAAAACCAGCAUUAAUUCGGAGCUUAAAACUAUGGUUCAUUUGAUAUUUUUUCACUGUUUCAGAAAAAAAUUAACAAAAAUUAUAGCCUAAACAAUUUUCUACUGAAAACCCCAAUUUUCCCCUACAAAAUUCCGCUGUUUCUCACAAAACUAUGAAUAAUUUUUUGUUUACAGAUGCACACAUCAACUUCUUGCACAUGGCAACUUCUUUCGGUUUCAUUACACAGAGUAAGUCUUCUUUUUCUCACUUUUUCCCAACUAUUUUGUAGUAAAAAUGAGCUGACCCUUCAGCAGAAAAAAUAUUGAUAAAUAUGUGGAGAAAAAUGGAGGGAUAUUGAUUGAUUUGUUUGUUUUUUGACAAACGAGAAGUUUUUGAAUUUUGGCCAAAAUUUGGGUUUUGAAGCGCUUUUUUCUUUCGCUUAAAAGUGUCAGUUUUUGUCUGAAGAAAAUUGAUGUUCAUUUUAAUCCGAAAUGAAUUUUUCAUGUUUUUUGUUCCAAUGUGCACUUUUUUGCUCAAUUUUUGAACCUACUAUUAUUUUUUUUCCUAUAUUUUUUGAUGGGUGUAUAAUUUUUAUGAGAUUUUGAGACGUUUCCUUGCCAAUUGUUUUGAAUAAGGGAAUUGUACGUUUCAAAAUUUUGGUUUAAAAAUGCUUUUUUCCCAGAAGAAAAAAUUCCAGCAGAAUUAAUUUUUUGAUACCUGGAUUUUACAUUAGAAAACAUUUUUAGUUUUCCCCGCGCCAGAAAAAUUUUUUAUGAAGCUCAAAAUUUCACUGUUUCAACUGAAUGAUAAUUGAAAAUGGUUGUCUCAAAAAAAUAUUGACAUGUUUUCAUUGAGAUAAAUUUCACUGUUUCAACUAAAUUUUUAAGUCAAAAUUAAUAGGAAAAAUUAUUCGUGUUGUUACAUGUUGUAGAAAAAUUCACUGUUUCAGCUGAAUUUGAAAUGAGAAUUUUUGUUUCAGAGAAAUGUUAAAUCAAAGGGUUUCAAUGGUCUAACUAAAAUUAUUCAAAAUAAGAAAUCAAUUGUGAAUGAAAAUUUAAAAUGGUAUUUUAAGAAAUUCUAUCAUUACAUUUCAAUUUUUCCAAAUAAAAUUCACUGUUUCAAUUAAUUUUGGAAUUAAAAAUAAGAAAGAAACAUUAUUCUGAAUUUGGGCGAAAUUGGAGAAUUUCACUGUUUCAAGAGAAUUAGGUUUAUCGAUACUUUUUCCGUUAAAAACUGUUGUUAUAUCUUAUAUUUUGAUUUAUCUGUGGAAUUGGUGUCUGUUCAGGCUAAUAUGAGAAGUUAGGGUAACUUUGCCGAUGAGCUGCAGAUGACAUAAAAAUAUUAAUUUUUGCUGCUUCAAAACCCUUUCCCCUUUAUUUCCUCCUCCUUGGAAAACAUCAUAAAUAACCUGAUAAGAUGAUGAGUUUUUUCGUAUUUCUCUCUCUUUCUCUGAGUUGUCCAAUAUAUUUUUUGGAUAUAUCAUCCCAACUAUCCCAUAUUAUAUAGUUAAAUGUGUAUAAAACAACGAGGUCGGGAACGGGAACAGAAUGAAUCGAGCAGCUGCUGUGCUCUUUUCUCUCUUAUUUUCCCAUUCAAAAAGUAGCCCUUUUUACACAAAUCAUCUCUCACUUUUUCUCUCUCGUAGAUUCUUCUACUUUGACCAGAAGAAAGUGGUUGAAUAGUUUUUUUUGUGAAAUGGAUGUUGAGAAUAUUUUUUUUCUACAAGGGGAUAUUUUGAAAUUGUUGGAUUCGUUUUUGUGUUUAAUUGAAACAGUGAGAUUUUUUGUUUGUAAUAAUUUUGAUUUUAAUUUGAAUCUGACGGUGUUCUUCCAAUGUCGUAAAUAAAUUAAAUAAAAUUAAAUUUCAAACAGUUUUGCACAUUCAUUUCAGAAUCCCAAUUAGCUUUUUCUUGGUUCAUUUUUCAUUUAAUAAUUUUUCGAAACAGUGAAGUUUUUUUUCCAGUUAAUUUUUUUUUCGUCACAAAACCGUUAAAUUAAGUAGAUAUUUUGUCUAAUUUGUAUUCUUACAUUUUAGUUGAAACAGUGAUUUUUUUUCAAAUUCGAUUUUAAUUCAGCUGAAACAUUAAAUUUUUUUUUGAAUUAAUUUUUAGAUUUAUGAAAUUUUUAAUUUGAAAGUUUCGGUUGAAACAGUGAAUUUUUUUUGUAAAAAAAACAAAAUAAAAAUUUUGGAUUUUUGAUUCACUGACUUUUUAAAUUUAAAUUUUUGAAUUUAUUUCCAAAGUUCAGAGCAAUUUUCAAAUUCCCGCUCUAAAUUUUCUUGAAUGAACUCUCUAGAUUUUGUUUAUUUGACUAUUUUCUCCAAUGCAUCAGACAACGAGUUAAUUUUUCUGAAGAAUUAAUUUCGAAAAAUUUUUCAACCCAUUUUUUCUCCUCUCAAUUUCCCAAAAAAAGAACUCUCUGGUGAAUUUAAUUAAGUUCGUUUUUUUCUCCUCCGUAGCCAAAUGUGAAGAAGAAUGUGCUUGGAAAAGUGCGCCGCAUUUUUUCUGUUUUUUUAUGCGAAAUUUUCUGGGUUCCACUUUUCUCCAUGAUUUCGUUUUAUACGCUUCCUCCUUUUUUCCAAACUAAUCCCCUGAAUAAAGUAAUCAAUUAUGAAAUGUGUAAUAUUUUUGCAUUUUACAUUUUCAACCUUAAUCCCCUCAUUUUUCGCUACUCUCUUAUGAAAUCUAUGAUUUUUUUGACCAGUUUUGUUUGAAAACAGGAAAAAGGAAAAAGGUCAAGAUUUUUUGAGUGUUCCUUUUUUUCACUGUUUCAGGAUUUUUUUGAAAUGUCAAGCAGUUUUCCCUCUUUGAUAAGUGAACAUCAAAUCUGAAAAAAAUAUAUUCCAAGAAUUAUUUUUUUUACUGUUUCUAAAAAUCUAGAGAAAAUUCGUUUGAAAUGAAUAUGUUGAUUUGCAGAGAUAACCAUAUUUUUCACUGUUUCAAGAUUUUCCUGAAAACUCGAGAAUUGUACUUGCUUCGAUUAUUGAGGGUUAGGGAUAAAAAUGUUCCAAAUAUUUUUUUUUCUGAAAAAAGUAUGCGCUCUGUACAGAAAAAAUUACUGUUUCAACAUUUUUGGAUAAGAUAUUUUUGUGAAUUCCCUUUAGUCCAACCGUAAUCAAAUAUAUUUCACUGUUUCAGAAAAUUGCUUUUAGAAUUGACUACUUUUUGUUUGAAUGAGUCCAUAAAAUAGUUCGCUAAAAAUUUUUUCAUAGGAAAAAAAUCCUGCUGUUUCAAAAUUUUGUGAUGAGAAACUCUUCAAAAUUCACUUUAGUUUUAUUUUAAUUAGUUUCUGUUAAUUUCCACUGUUUCAAGAAAUUCUAAAGUCAGAUUUCUGAAAUUUGGUUGUAUCAAAAUUUUUCACUGUUUCAAAAAAUAGGAAAUUGGAAAAUGUUUCACAAAAUUUGUUUAACCUUAGCCUUUUUUCUGAAAUUGUUCACUGUUUCAAAAAUUUCUCAUAAUAAAAAUUUUUCAAAAUUUACUUUGAUUAUUUUGAACCUUUGUGUCGAAAACAUUAUGAAAAUCUAAAUUUUUCACUGUUUCAAAAAUAAUUUAGCUAGAUUCCAUUAAUCCACAUUCAUUCCUUUUCACAUUCCUUCAUUAAUUACAAAAAUGUCCAUUUAUCUCAUUUAUUUUCCCUUCUAAUGUUCCUUUUCCUCCUAAAAAUCUAAUGACAUAAUAAUAUUAUUCUCUUCUUCUUUUUCUUCUUUUUAUAAUUAUUUUAAUAUCCUCCUUUUCUUCUUCUUUUUUUUUGUCCGAAUAAUUUCCGGCUUUUUAUAAUUGAGCACAGCAAAGCAAAUAUUGGAUAAAAAUUAUAUCGCCCGAUAUUUUUGAGGAUUUUUUUGUCUUGAGAAUUUUGGUACCAAAAUUAGGGGUUUUUGGGUCCUUAUUUGAAAUUUUCACGUCGUUUUUUAACUCCGAAAUUUCAAAAAAUUGAAAAUCCCUAAUUUUUGGCGCCACAAAAAGAACACUGAAAAAAAUUUGAAACUUUUUUGUUGCUCAAAAGUAGUCAGAAAAUUGUGAAUAUUUGUUGGAUGAAUUGCCUUUUUGGGAAUUGGGGAGAUAUUUUCGACCUCUCCCUUUUCUUCUUCUUUUUUUCCCCUCAAAAUGUAUACUUUUUGUUCUUGGACACUCCUAGUUUUUCUGUAGAAAAAAUAGGCAAUUUUUUUAUGGCUGUGUGAAGAAUUUUGUGUAAAUAUUUGAAUUUUGUUAUGGGUUUUUUGUUGUUUCAAAAAAAAUCGAAUUUUUUUCCCAAUAAUUUUGAAACGUAAUUUUUUACCGGGAAAAAUUUAGUGUUUCAAAAAAAUUUUCAAAAUGAUUUUGGUGAAUUAUCAGACAAUUUUUGAAAUCUUGACAAGUUUUUCACAAAAAAACUGUUUCCUAAAUUUUUUCACUGUUUCAAAAAUUUGUUAUAUUUUUAAAAUUUCUGAAAUUUUUUAUUAUGAUAUUGAAAUUUUUUUGACAGAUAAAUUUUUUCCUAAUUUUUCACUGUUUCAAAAAAUUGAUAUAUUUUUUUGGAAAUUCGAUUUUGAUCGUUUGUGUUCAAAUUUCAAAUUUACUAAAUUUUUUUCACUGUUUCAAAAAAUCGUCAUAUUUCCAAGAAUCUCUGAUAUUUUCAUUCCUCAUUUCUACUAUUCCAAUAAAAAUCAUAUCAAUUUCAUUUUUGCAGGCUCCAACACUUGGUUUCGGAAUCGCAAUCUCGGGCGGUCUAGACAAUCCACACUUCACAUCUGGCGAUCCGGUUGUUGUGAUUUCGGACGUUGUUCAAAACGGGCCAGCUUGGGGAUUAUUGCAGUUAGUUUUUUUUUUUAAUUUGAAUCUGGCGCGAAAAACCACCAUUUUUUUGGGGCCAAAAUAUAUCAACUUUUAUUUUUACACCAGGAAAAACACACAUGUUUAUUUAUUUUUUGCAGAGUUAAUGAUCGAAUAUUAUCUGGAAACAACGUGUCUUUCGAAAAUAUCGAUUAUUCAACAGCUGUUGAUAUAAUUAAAAAUAAGGAUCAGAUUAAUAUGAUUGUAAAGAGAAGAGUUGCAAUGCCAAUGUUAGAAUUUGAGCAGCGAACUUUGAAAUUCACAUUAUCGAAAUCGAGGAAAAAAGAUGAUUUUGGAAUUGUUGUUGGAUGUAAAUUUUAUAUCAAAGAGAUCAGGAAUCCUAAAUUAGCUGAAAAAGAUCCGGGAUUAAGAGAAGGUGAUUCGGUGUUAAGAAUAAAUGGACAAAGUUUGGAAGGAGCCACUCUGGAAGAAGUGAAUAAAUGGCUGGAAAGAUCGAGAGAUAAAUUAUGUUUGGUGAUACAAAGAGAUGUGAAAAGAGGAACAUCGAGAUGGCCAUCACAGAAUACGGUUUAUGAACGAGUUGGUGGAGGAAGUAUGAAUGCGACGCCACGACAUUCGCCCAGUCCAAUGAUGCCGCAUGUUCCGAUUCAGCAGAGGUUGGGGGAUUUUAGGGGGGUUUUUUUGAAUCUGAAAGUUUUGAGCUGGGUUUUUUCAUAGAAAUAAAAUUCACAUGAACUUUUAAUAAAUAUAUGGAGUUUCAAUUAAUAUCGGAUCAAUUUUAGGGAAGAUUUUUUGAUAAAAAAUUUGAAACAGUAGAUUUUUUGGAAUUUUUUGAAAUGAGAUGCGGACUAUCAAUAAGGUUCUCAUUUGCUUUGAGUAAUUAUUUGGAAUUUUUGAAACAGUAGAUUUUUUGAAUAAAAUUUUUGUUGAUUAUUUAUUUCUCGAGAUUUUUUAAUGAGAAAUUUUGCUUUCUAAAAGCUAAUAAUAUUUUUUGAAAAAAUCCAUUGUUUCAAAAAUUUAUUAAUAUUUUGGGUUAUCUUUGAAUAUCUGUUGGAUGAUUCAUGAGAGUAUAUAUUUUUUAAAUUCAAAUUUAAAAAAAUAUAUAAAGGUUUUGAAAAAAAAUACAAUAUUCAUCAAUUUUAGGGAAUUGCAAGAUUUUUUAGUGAAAUAUUUGAAACAGUAGAUUUUCUGGAAUUUUUUGAACCUUCUUGCCUUGAGAAUUAGGUUCUCAUUUGCUUUGCAAAAUUAUUUGAAAUUUUUGAAACAGUAGAUUUUUUGAAUAAAAUUUUUGUUGAUUAUUCAUUUCUAGGGGGUCUCGAGAUUUUUUAUGAGAAAUUUUGCUUCCUAAAAAUUAAUAAAAUUUUUUGAAACAAUUCACUAUUUCAAAAAUUUAUUAAUAUUUGGGGUUAUCUUUGAAUAUCUGUUGAGUGAUUCAGUAGAGUAUUUUUUUAAAUUUAAAUUUUAAAAAAUUAAUUUCAACUGUUUCAAAAUUUUUAUUUGAUUUUUGAAUAUUUUUCCUCCAGAUGUUUAUGAAAAACGUAUAAAAAUAAGAAAAACAUUAAUUAUCUGAUUUUAAAACUCAAGAAAUCCACAAGAAUCUGAUCCUCGAAUUAUUCACAUUUUAAAAAUAUAAUUUCAGAAAUUCUCACGAAUACGUAAAUUCACCGCGUUAUCGACCAGAUGGAAGUGUUGAAAGAAGAGUAUCAUCUCCGGCAAAUUCACAAAUCUCAAGUACAAUCGGAAUGUCGGCUUCAACCAUCCAACAACAACAAUUAGGAGGCCAACAACAAAAUAUGAUAACACCACAAGAAUAUGAAUAUUAUACACGACAAUCUGCCAAACCACAAGAUCAAAAUGGAGUUAGAAAUGUGAUUUUUAGAAAGGUUAGAGAGAAGUUUUGGGCGGGAAUUUGAAAAAUAUAAAGUUUUAGCGCCAACGAAAUUUUAAAACCCAAUAUUUUCAGUUGGAAAAUUCAGACUCAGAAAAAUCUUUGAAAAUUUGAUUUGAAACUAAUUUUUCAAAGUAGCUUUGAUCAAUGUAUUAAGAACAAAACAUUUUCAAAUGUUUUUCACAAAAUUUUGAAACAGUGAAUUUUCGAGAAGAUGGAUUUCUAUUCAAAAAAUCUAAAUUUCCACGUGGUUUUUUCGCGCCAAAAUUUUUUUCAAAAAAAUAAAUCAAAUUCAAAUUUUUGCAGGUUGGCGGAAGUGUUGGUGUCCGCGUAAUCGGUGGAAAUGAAGUUGGAAUCUUCGUGUCAGCAGUCGCCGCCGAUUCUCCAGCCGCAAUUCACGGUGUUUGUUGUGGUGAUCGAAUUUUGGAAGUGAAUGGAAGAAAUAUGAGAGGAAUCACAAGAGAAUCAGCUGUUCAAUUAUUAUUGGGAUUAGAUGAUCGUGUUUCUUUGAAGCUAGAACAUGCUCGAGGUGAAUUUGAACAUGUUCGAUCAAAUCAACUUGGCGACAAUUUCUAUAUUCGAUCACAUUUUACAAAAGAGAAAAAGAAUAGUGCACUUGAAUUAAGUGUGAAUGAAGGUGAUAUAUUCCAUGUCACUGAUACUUUAUUUGGGGGAACUGUUGGAUUGUGGCAAGCUGCGCGAGUUUAUUCAUCGGCUGAAAAUAAAGGAGAACCGGUGAAAGGAGUUAUACCAAAUCAGGCGACCGCGGAAAUUGUGGCCAAAGAAUAUCGACAUUUUAUUGAGGCGAAACAGCAGAAAACGAGUGGCGGGACGCUUUUGAGAAGGAAAUUUGAGUCGCGAAAAUCGAAGAGUUUGCCGAAGAAUAUGAUUUGUGAUCCAACGGAAUUGUCAGCUAAUAUACCAUUGCCUGCUUAUGAACGAGUUAGCCUAAAUACCCCGUCUUUUCAUAGACCAAUUGUGCUUUUUGGACCAUUGGCUGAUAUUGCGAGACAGUAUUUAUUGCAGCAAUUCAGGUGAGGUUUUGGGGGAAAAUUCACUGUUUCAAAAAUAUUUGGAAACGUUUUUGAGAUUCUUGCAAAAGUCAAUUUCAUUUUGAUUGCUUUGAUCUUCUGUGAGAAACAUUGAUUUGGAAUCUGGAAUUUUCCAAAAAAAAAGAGUUUUUGUGGUUUUUAAAUGAAAAAUUUGAACAAAAAUUCACUGUUUCAAAUCUGUUGUUAAUAUUUUUGGAAUUUUUUGAUAAAUUGCUACGGAUUUAUUGAAAAGAUGAAUUGAUUAGUUUUUUUUUAUUUUUGCAAUUUCAAAAUACGAACCUGGAUUCUAAACAAAAUUUAACUGUUUCAAAAAAUUGCCAUGAAUUUUCUUGUAAAUUGUGUUAAAUUGAUACGUGAGUGAAUGUGUACAUAUACUCUUAGAAUUCAAAAAACUGAAUAUUUUCCACUGUUUCAAUAUUUUCAUAAGAUUUUAAAUUUUGGCGAUUCAGAUAUCGGCUUGAAUUAGAAAUUGAUUGAAAGUUUUAUUUAGAAAUGCAAUUUGAAAAUUUCACUGUUUCAAAAAUAAUUCAUGAAUUUUUAUAGCAUUUCUGAUAGCAUUUCUGAAUUUUAGUUUGUUGCAAUGGAUAAUACCAAAAAAUUUCGACUGUUUCAAAAAAAUCAUUAUUUCCAACCACGAAUGAUUUUCCCAACAAAAAAUUAACAUUCACACACUUAAUGUGUCUGAAGCUCCAUUGGCUUUUUGUUAACAUUUUUGGUAUUCUGAAAUUAGAAAUGUUAUCUAUCCCGAUUUCUUGUCUUUUUUUGAUUGCAAUAUUUUUUACAACAACGAUAUCAAAAAGAGUCGAAGAUUGGACCAAAAAUGUAUUUUCUCAUAAUUUGGCGAAAGAUAUAACAGAAAUACUAUUGAAAGUGACAGAUUUGGAGAAAUCGGAUUUUCAAAAACUGGCAUUUAUUUCACAUAACAAUUUCAAAUAUGCAUCACUUUGUUCUAAAGAGCAAACAGUGGAUUUUCCUGAAUAUUUGAAAUUGGAAAAACGACUUUCAAUUGGGCCAGUUAUUAAACAUCGAUUUGUCUACCAAAAUAAUUGGGAAGAUUUUGUAACAUUUCAAUUUUUUGUGGUCCAGAAGCAUAUUUUGAACUACGAAAAGGUUUCGAAAUAUAAUAUAACUGUUUUUUGGCCACUGAAAGAAAAUUGGAAAAUCAUGGAUAUUUUUAUUGACAACAAUUUUAUUUGCUUCGAUUUUUCCUUCGAUUCUUGGACUCCGAAAUAUUUCUCAUCGGUCAAAAAUCUGAUCAAUGAAACAGAGAAAAUUAUACCAUUUGCCGAUUUAGAGAAAAUCGAAGAGAUUGAAAUAUUCAACGAAAAUUUUGAGGGGAUUAUUUUAAUGAAUCCGAAUGUCAAAGAUAAAUAUAAUAUUCUCGAAGUAGUUGAAUAUAUGUCAAAACUGAAAAAUCGUUUCAAUUUCGAUUUUUUUGAAGCCAAAAAUAGUAUAAAAGUAAUUGAAGAAAAAGUGGAUCGAAUUAUCUUUGAAAUAUUGCAUUGUAUAAAUUGUCCGAUAAAUCAAAGUAUAAUUCACGCAUUUUCAUUUUUAUUUGAAGCAAAAAUGAAUGAAAACACGUGGGAUUUUGAAAUCACUCGAUUAAUUGUAAAACAAAUUUAUGAACCUGGACCAUCUCCAAUCAUCGAAAUAUUUUCGAGUGAUUUUGUGAGAGCAGAAGAUGAGAAAAUACAAGAAAUAUAUCGAAAAAAUGAGGCGAAACAUAAAAUAUCUGUGGAUGAUUUCAAUUUACCUUUGAGUUUGUAUAAUAUAACAAAAUUACAUGAGUUUCUUCCUAAUUCAGUAAAUGCAAUGAGAACUUGGGAAGUUUCGAAUGUUGAAAUUGAUUAUGAUACUGGAAAUAUCAAUUAUACAAUGAAAUAUUCUUUUGCAAAUGGUCGAAGAAAUUUGAAAAUUGAAGGAUGGGCUGGUUAUAAUUCGAAGAUAAAUGAAUAUAAAAAUAAUAAGUAUCUGAUUUCAACCGAAAAAUGAUUGGAAAUAAUAAAUAUUUGAACUUUGUGAAUGUUAAAAAUUCACUGUUUCAAAAAAUUUAUGAAUUUUGAAUGAAUUUUUGAAUUGCAAUGAUUCAUACACUCACUUCAUACAAAGUUCACUGUUUCAAAAAUUAUUAAAUUUCUCACAUUUAUAAUAGUUUCUAUUAAUUUCUAGUAACCUAUGCGCGCAGUAAAAAUUGGUUUUUCAAUCCUAAAAUUCACUGUUUCAAAUAUUUAUGAAAUGUGAUUAGUUUCUUCACUUUUUGAUUGAAUUCGGGUUUUUAAUUCUUUGAAUUUUCUUCGAUAAACAACUGACAUUUAUUUUUGAAAAAUGAUGAUAAUUUUUGUAGGAACAAAAAUUAACUGUUUCAAAAAAUCAUAAUACAUUCUGAGUCUGCUCACAGGCAAAUUCAGAUGGAUACAUAAUUGAUCCAUAAUUGAUACAUCAUGUCCCCAGUUCAGAUGUAUACAUCGGGUACACAUAAUGGAUCCAUCUGAACUCGUUUGAUUGAUACUUGAUGGACGCUUGAUGUAUCCAUUUUCUCUUUAUAACUCUUUUUCAAGUAGACAGUUAAAAUUAAAGUUUAUUCAUAGUAAAAAUUGAAAUAUAACAAAAUUAGAAGUUAGAAGAACUUGUUUUUCAUGGUGUGGGCGCAUCUUUUCGGUCAUCUUAAUUGGAUUCACAAGGAAGAUGGCAGUUGGAGCAGGUUUUGUGGUCAACACGAGCAACGGCGAAGGUUGAUUUCCUAGCUCGAGCAGAGGCCGCUUUGCGGAGACUAACGUGGAGUUUUCUUGACCUCUCAUCUCUUGGUGGCUUCCUUGAAUCCGCAACCCUUGGCAACACCCGAUGUUGUCGAUCAUUUCAUAUUUGGGAGAAGUCGGAGCCAAUCAGAGUUUUCUUCUCGGUUCUCACAAGCUCAAUCGACCUUUUGAGCGACGAAUCCUCCGUUGAUUUGGAUUUCGACCAAAUCAAUAUUCAUUCAUUUGACACGGCGGUCGAGAACCUUGGCCUGAAAAGAAAGAACCAUUUGAAAAAAUGUUCUCAUUCAAGUUAACCAACCUGAGUGUGAGUGAUAACAUGGAUUGAUGAGCAAUACUUCCUGAGAUAUUUGAAGACUGUUUCUUCUCGCCAUUUAAUUUCAUUCCAUUAUUACGGACCAAGUGUCUUCCUAGCCAAACUGAUGCAUUAGGCAGUUAGUUCGAUAACCUUCUUGUACACACUGUAGUGACCUGAAAAGUUGUUUUUAUUCACGAAGUUCUUUAAAUAAUCAAUUUACCACUGUUUGGCAAAUAGUUGAUGUCGAUUUCGACGUUUGAAUGAGAGCGAUGUCUGAAAAAAAAACCAGUUGACAAAAGUAGUAAAUCAGUGUGUGCGAAAUUCAAGAAAGUACGAUAUAGGGAAUUUCAAUUUUCAGCUCUGAUACGGAAUCUUCUAUUUCAUUUCAUUUAAAUGUUGCUUCAAUUGAAUGAAAUUGAAAAAAUGUCUCGUUUUACUACCUAAAAUCGAAAAAAACCAAUUUUUCAAAGUUUCUGGCCUAAAUUCAUGUUCAAUAUGCGAAUUUCAAAGUUCUGAUGACAUUUGCUGCUAGAUCCUAGUCGAGGAACAUAAUCUAUAUGUUUUCCGCAGUUUUUAACCCUCAAUUUCUCUAUGAAACGGGAAACAAACAAAAAAAAACGAAAAAAAAAAGAAAAAAAUGUGGCGUGCAAAUCGUCCGAGAGAAGUACACACACACACAUUUCGCUGCAGGAUAAAUUCAUUGAAAUGUCUGCGCCUUUAAUGUUACACUUUUGCGCACCAAUUAAGAGCACUUGAGUGAAAAUGAUAUAUACCAUUCGACUCAGAAUUUCACGCUGAACAAAAUGAUUAUAAAUUCAUCCCUUGUUUCGAGCGGUUUCCAAUUUUUCGGUUUUUGAGAAAUGUGAAUGUUUAUUGUGAACUUCACUCAGUUACACUAUACCAUUCGAUAAAGUUUUUCCUGCUUAGAAAUAUCCAGUCAUCAGCUUUUGUUGAACCACUCGUAAAAGCUCAAAAUUUAGCCCGAAAUUGAGUAAAUGUUUUUUUCGCUUUUUCAGAAGCUUCUAAACAAAAGAAUGUGCAUGCAUGAUAAUCGAUCUCAUGAGAAGAUUGUAUAAAUCUUUCUGAUAUAUUGAACAGUGAUCUGUCUGUCGACCUACUUUUGUGCCCUAGAUUUAAGCUUAAUUAAUUUGACGUUUUUUUCUGCAUUAUUUUUUGAAAUGUAGCAAAGCAUGUGAGUUGAUUUAAAAAGGUAUCGUGCGAUUCAUCAUUUUUAUCCAUAAAAUCGAGCUAGAUUUAAAAAUCGGGAAUUCGCAGUGACUACGAAAUCACCAUUUAUCAUUUUUAUCUUUAAAUAGAAUGAAUGGAAGAAAACAUGUUCAAAAAACUCUACUGUGAAGGAGGACUUGAUGAUUUAUCAAUAAUUGGUACAUUAUGGAUCCAUCAUCCAUCCUCGAUCCAUUUUGAAUCAAUCAACUAUCAGCUCAAUCAGCUGAGUAUCAAUCUGAGACCCAUCAGCGAUACAUCACCCCUGAUUGAUGUCAGAUGGAUCUUAUAUGGACCCUUGAUGUAACCGAAAUGGGUCGAUUAUGGAUGAUGGAUCCAUAAUGUAUCCAUUAUGUAUCCAUAUGAAUUUGCCUGUGCUUUCAGAAGAGUUUAAACAAAAACAAAUAUAUUUCCAUAAAAAUGUACUGUUUCAAAAAAUCUAUAGUAAUUUAUGAACCCCUUAUUUUUCAGCGCUCGUUUCGGUCAACCAGAAAGUGAUGGUGGUGUAAUUCGUCUCUCAUCAGUCGACCACGUCAUCGCCUCAAUGAAACACUGCAUUUUGGAUAUAAGUAUAGAAAGUGUGGAAAGAUUGCAAUUGGCACAAUACGCUCCAAUUGUUGUAUUGUUGGAUGUCGAAAAUCGUGGACGAAUUCGAGAAAUUCGAAAACGAGCAAAUGCGCCCCAUUUAUCAUCGCGAAAAUUGGCCGAACAUUCGGCACAAAUCAAAAAAUAUCAUUCGCAUUUGUUGAGUGCCACAAUUGAUGCGACACAUGAAAAUGGAUGGUUUGAUGCGUUGAGAGAAUUGAUUGUGCAUUUGCAACAAAGAAGAUUGUGGAUGCCUGAAUUCCCGCCGAAUUUACCGCUGGAAGAUGUGAGUUUUUUGAACCGCGAUGAUCUUAAAAUCGGGAGUGGAAAAUGUGGAAAAUUUUAGUAGAAAUUUUGAAACAGUAAAUUUUAUUUCAAUGGAAAAUUGAAGUGUUUUAUCAAACUCCAAAUUUUUGUUAUGAAGAAAUUUUGAAACAGUAAAUUUUUCGCAAUUUUAUUGAAGAACUGGAACAGUUUUAAAUAAUUUCGAGAUUUCUUAAUGGCAAAUUUCGAAACAGUAAUUUUUCUGAAUGAAAAGCUGCAACACUUUUUGAGAAUUCUAAGAUUAUUUUUUGAAAAAAUUGAAACAGUGUUGUUUGCCAUUCUUCGAUUAAAAUUCGAAUUUUCUUGAAAAACUAUUAGGAAGUUUUGAAACAGUAAAUUUUUCAAUUGAAUUUUGAUCGGUAUAAAUCGAAAUUCAAUAAAUUUCUGGACUAAUAUCAAGCAUUUGUCUUCAAAAAUUAUAGUGAAAUUUUGAAACAGUUAAUUUUUUGAAUUUUUUUUUUCGAACUGAAAAAAUUGUGAGAUGAUUUCAGGAGAUUAACGAACGAAGAAUCGAAAAUCGAAUUUCUUGAAUUAUAUUCAAAUUAUUUUUGAAACAGUGAAAAAAAAAAUCAUAUCAAACCUUUAUUUUUUCUCAGGUUCUCCUGUUCCCUCUUCCAAAAUGUGAUGGAGACGUGGAUUCGCUCAAAUCAGAAUACAUCGAAUACAAUAAUUCGGCGACGAAUUCAAUGAGAAGAGAUGAUAGUUUGCCAAGAAAUGGAACACCUUCACAAAAUCAACAAGAUAUUAUGAAACAAUCGAUUUAUAAUUGGGAUACUUCUUCUCAGGCUCAAGUUCAACAUCAAGCCCAAACUCAAAGUCCUUUUAAUUCCACUACAAUUCCCAGAAGAUUUGAGCAACGACAAAAUGAAAGAAAUGGAUCACAAGGUUGUCUGAAUGCUACACAAACUGCAUUUAUACCAACAAGUUCUGGGAACUCGCCGGUUCCUUUUGCACAAAAAGCACAGCCGCCAAGAACACCGACUUCGCCUGGAUAUUAUCAUGUUAAACAGGUUGGUAGGGAAAAUUGUUAUUGAAAAGUUUUGGGAGGGUUUGAGCGUUAUUGAAAUUUUGAAACAGUGAAAAAUAUAGUCCAAAAAUUGUUUGUAAAGAAUCUUUUUAUUGUAAAUGUGAUUGUAAAUGUGACAAUUUUGAAACAGUGAAAAAUUAUUUUCAUUGAAAUUGCAAUUAAGUUCAUUCUUUGAUUGGAAAAUUUAGAAAAUUUAGAAUUUAUUGGAAAUUUGAAACAGUAGAUUUUUUUGUUUCGAAAAUUCAUAUUUUUGGUCAUUUUUCUGAUUUUUCUAGAGUUUCUUUUUCUUUAACAAAAUUGUGGAAAUCAGAAAAUUCAAGAUUUUUCAGUUUUAAUGAAAUUUUGAAACAGUGAAAAAUAAUUUUCAUUGAAUUUUUUAUUCAAAUCAGGAACUAGGUAAAAUUGAGAAAUCAGGAAAUUGUGGACAUUAUUGAAUUUUUGAAACAGUGAAAAUUUUAGAAUUUUUUAAAAAUUACUUUUUAAUUGAAACAAAUCGCAGUACAGUAUUAAUUUAAAACUUGAAUUUUUCAUUAUAUCAAAUUUUUGAAACAGUAAAAAUAUUUUGGAAAGAAACCAGUGGAUUUUUCCUUGCAAAAAAAUUAUCUACAUUUUUUCACUGUUUCUAAAUUUUUUUUAUGUUUUUUGGUUGAAUUUCACAUCGAUUCGUAACAAAUAGAAGUUUGGAGGACGAAAUUAUCAAAAACUGUAUUUUCCACAGAUAUUUUCAAAACGAAAAAAUCAGAAAGAAGUUUCUGAAUUUUCACUGUUUCAAAAAAAAACUUUCGAAAAAUCGCAACUUUUUUUCCUGAUCCAGUCAGAUACUUCCACAAAAAAUCAAAUUUUCCUUAUAGUUCAAGUAACUCUGUUGUUGUGCAUAUAGUGUGUUUGUUGUAUUUUCAGCUUUUGGAUGAUGAAUCACUAUAUCAAGAUGCUCGAUUGGCCAAUGAAAUUGCAAAUGUUCGAUUGAGAGAAGAAGCCAGGUUAAGAGAUGAAAAAGCGAGAAAUUUGAAUGUUGUUGAGGUUUGUUGUAAAUAUGUUGUGGUUUUGUCAGGAAAUUUGGGAAUUUUAGGGGAAAAUUGUGAUUUUGAAUCGAUGAUACAACAAUUUCUGAUUUUUACAGCAAUCUCCUUCAAGUUUACCACAUCGAUUGGAUGAUCCGACAACAACUAGCAACUCUUUUGAUUUUUCCAAUUGUGAGUUUUUUUUUUGGGAAACUUUCGCUGAUUUUACUGAUUUUGAGGAGUUUGCAAAAAUUAUGGCAGAUUUUUGAAACAGUGAGAUUUUUGGUAAAACAAUGUUCAAAAAUUUACAAUACGACAAAUUUCGGAAAAAAAUUUGAAAGCCUGAAUUUCUUAUUAAAAAAUUUUUUCAAUUGAAAAAAUCAACUGUUUCAAAAAAUUCUCAUAAUCUAGCAGGAUUUUGUCCAACUUUGUUCUUUUUUUGUUCUAUUCAACCAGAAAAAUUUACUGUUUCAAAAAUUUUUAUCUAAAAACUCAUGCCUCCAAAAUUGUUUUCAUCAAGGUUCUCUACCUAAAAUUCUGAUGAAAACAAGUCCAAAAAUUUGAACACGAAUUCGAAAUAAAUUCUGAAUUCUUCGAAAAAAGUUACAAUUUUCAAACUUAUAAUUCACUGUUUAAAAAAAUGCUCAUAAUUUGGACGGGUUUUUUUUCGCUUGAUAGGGCUCUUUCCUACCUGAAAAUCGGAUAAAAAUAAAUUUUUGAAAACUUGAAUUUUUAUCAACAAAAAACAAUUUUCAAGUAUAAAAAUUUCACUGUUUUAAAAAAUCCUAAUCAAACAUGUGAAUUAGAUUUUUUGUUUGAUUAAUAGAUUCAGUAAAAAAUUCACUUUCGAAAAAACCUUAUUCAAUUUUUUCUAAUUUUUUUUGUUGCGAAAAUCGAAAAUUAGAAGAAAAAUGGUUAAAAUCACCGAGGAAAAUUUCACUGUUUCAAAAAAUGUUGAUUAAAAAAUUGAAUUUGAGUUUUCGUUCAGAGAGCUUUUCCGUGAUCCAAAUCAGCAUUCCCUUCCUAAGCCAAUUCCUACUUAUCUAUAUUUUCCAGCCUCUUCCACCAACACGUCAUCACCUGCAAAUCAACCAAAUACCUCAAAAUAUCAUCCCCUUACACCAUCCUCAAUGACAUCAGCAUCUUCUUCAACAAAUUCGCCACGCCCAGUUUUGCCACCAAAACCAUCGCAGAUUUCGAAUUCGAACGGCGAAAAUGGCUCUGGAGGUGGAUAUAUUAGAAAUCGAUGGCCUGGAUCUGGAAAUGGAAAAGAUAUAGAAAUAGAUGCAAGAAUGAAUGGAAGUGCAUCACCUGCAAAUGGAAGUAUAUCACUAAGUGUUGCACCAAUUUCAACAAAUAAUUCGAAAUCUCCAACACCUGUCAAAUUUGUAGAUGAAAAUGAAAAUGGAAAUGAACACGAAAAAAAUGAAGAAGAAGCUGAAAAUGAAGAAGAAGAACCGAUUGUUGUUGAAGAAGCCACGGCAAUCAUUGAUUUUGCUGGUGGAAUCAUUCGAUGUCCAAAUUCGAAUGUUGAAUUGAGAAUACCGGAAGGAGCUGUGAAAAAAGGAGAAAAACAUGAGAUUUAUGUGAAGGUUUGUCGAGAAGGAGAGAUUUCACCGAUUGAUCGAUCGAAGGGAGAAACAUUGUUGUCGCCAUUGGUUAUGUGUGGACCACAGGGUGAGCAUUUUGGGAAGGGGCUGGGAAAAAUGCACUGAAUUUGGAGUUUUAAAAACUCUUUCAUUUUUUCAUAUAAAGAUUUGCACAUUUUUUGAAAAAGUAAAUAUUUUUGGGAUUUGAAAAUUCCCAGAAAAUCAACGCUGAUACAAUUUUCAAACGUAAAAUUUCGGAGUUUUUUUUUUCGAAAAAAUUCUGCUGUUUCAAAAAAUCAAGAAAAACGGAAAUAUUCUUGAAUUCUUCAGUAAGCGCGGCUUUCAUAGAACACUUGAAAAUUGAUGAAAUUCUGAGUACUCAAAAAGCUAACAAUUGUAUCUUGGCUGAAGCCGAAAUUUUUGAGAUUUUCUUUGUGUGACGAUGACCCGAAUAGAUUCAACUUUUCAUUAAAAUUUUUGCUAUUUUUUGAAACAGUAAUUUUUUCAAUUUUUUCAACAAAAUUACUAGCAAAUUGAUUUUAAAAUCCCAAGAAUAUUCUACUAUUGAUCAAAUUUGUUCCGAAACUCGAGUUUUUUUUUAAAUUUGAAACAGUGAAUUUUUGAAACCUUCCAACAUACGAGGAGAUCAUCAAAGCUUAUUUGUUUUUCAAAAAGUUUGUAUUUAUUUUGAAACAGUACAUUUUUUUCAAAUUUAAAAUUUGGAAUUUCUAGUUAUACAAUGCUUUUAACCUUCUUUGAAGCUUUUGAGUUGUGCUAAAAUUAUUCAAUAAAGAAACAGAGUCUCACUAAAGAAGUUGAUCUAACUAAAUAUCACAGAAUAGUGUAUUUUCUGUUGUUAUUAUUAGUGUUAAAAUUGCCACAGAGUAGAAAACCAUAAAAAAGCAUCAUUGAACAUUUCCCAAGCUUUUUAAUGGCUAAACUUUGAAACAGUGAGAUUUCGACAAAAUUUUUGAACUUUUUUUUUUUGAAAAUUGAAUGUUAGCGAAUUAUUAAAAUCCAGUUUUUUCCAAGACAUUUCCUAUUUUUUUGAAACAGAAUUUUUUUGAAAAAAAUCAAACAAUUUUUGAUUUUUUCAAGAAGAUCAUAUCAAGACGACUAUCAUCUAAAAAUUCCGUUUUUUUAUUCAAUUAAAAUUUUGAAACGUAGAAUUUCCGGGAAUAAUUUUUACCAAUUUUGAGUUUUAUAUCAAAAAAUACCGAUUGAUUUUUUUUUCAAUAUUCAAUUUCAGGUCUAAAAUUCGACAAACAAUGCGAACUUCGUAUGCCACACACCGGUCCAAUUCAAUCCGAAAAUGAAUCAGAUUCCGGUCAAUGGUCAUUUUCUCUAAAAACUGGCGAAGGUGGAGAAUGGAAACAUAUGGAUAUUGAACAAACCAAAAAUAAAGGAGAUGAACAUCAAUUUUUAACUGUUCCAAUUACACAUUUCUAA